AUGGAUAUCAGUCAAACCGCUAAGGAUUUCUCUGAUCUUUCAUUGGAAGCUGCUCCUUCUCACGAUGAUUUAGAACAUAGUUCAGGUUUAGUUCUAACAGAGAUCGAUCACCCAUUAGAACAACAAGUAUCUGCAAGUAGCCAAAGUCCAGAAGAAAGUGUUCCAACAACAACAGCUAAUUUCUCGUAUCAUGAAAAUCAACAAUUAUUCGAUAGUAAUUGUAAACAAAUGGCUGUUGAUCCACAUACUUCAAUAUUGGAACAACCUGCUCAUUACUCUAAUCUUGGAUCUGGUAAAGAUUCAAACGAUUCUUCUAAUGCUCCUAAAACAGGUAAAACUCGUACUUUGUCUACAAGUGCCCAAAAUACACUUCCUGAGCCACCUAGACCAAUUUGGGAAACUGACCCUACUGCCGAUACUUCUAAAUCAAACGGUAGGAAUAAAAAUACCUUGUAUAAAAUGGGUAUGAUUGCUGAAGAUUCUACUCAACAAGUUUUAGAUGAUCCAUCCCCUGAGUUGGUUGACUUAUACACCAAAGUCCAAGAAUGUAGAGAAUUAAGAAAUAAAUAUCAAACAUUAUCCUUACAAAAAAAUGAACAAAACCCUAAAAAUAACAAUGACUACAAAGUAUACCCAACUCCACCAAAACCUUCUUACAAUGCUGAAACUAAGACUGUCAUACCUGUGACUAAUUUAUCCGAUUCAGAAACCUUUGAUUUUGAUUCUUGUGAAAUACCAGGUGAGGAUACCGAAUGGGAUUACUCUAUAAAUGGUGACGAUAGUUAUAUUGUGCACCAAACCGGUAAUGCCGAGGCCAAAAUUGCAGCUAUUCCAACAUUAAGAGAUUAUUAUUUGGAUCUAGAUAAAAUGAUAUCUAUUUCUUCGGAUGGUCCAGCAAAAUCCUUUGCAUUUAGAAGAUUGCAAUACUUGGAGGCCAGAUGGAAUCUGUAUAUUUUGCUGAAUGAAUAUCAAGAGACAAGUGUCUCAAAGAGAAACCCUCAUAGAGAUUUUUAUAAUGUUAGAAAAGUCGAUACUCACGUUCACCACUCCGCCUGCAUGAAUCAAAAACAUUUAUUACGUUUUAUUAAAUAUAAAUUAAGACAUUCUAGGGACGAGAAAGUAAUCUUCAGAGAUGGUAAAGUUUUAACUUUGGCAGAAGUAUUCCAAUCUUUGAACUUAACAGGGUAUGAUCUGUCAAUUGAUACAUUGGAUAUGCAUGCCCAUAAGGAUACUUUCCACAGAUUUGAUAAGUUUAACUUAAAAUAUAAUCCAAUCGGAGAAUCUCGUCUAAGAGAAAUUUUCUUAAAGACUAACAAUUACAUCAAGGGUGGCUAUUUGGCUGAAAUUACUAAACAGGUUAUGUUUGAUUUAGAGAAUUCUAAAUAUCAAAAUUGUGAAUACAGAAUAUCUGUCUACGGUAGAUCUAUUGAUGAAUGGGAUAAAUUGGCAAGUUGGAUUAUCGAUAACAAAGUUAUUUCUCAUAACGUUCGUUGGUUAAUUCAAAUUCCUCGUUUAUAUGAUAUCUAUAAAAAAACAGGAAUUGUUGCAAACUUUAAUGAUACUUGUAGAAACUUAUUUCAACCUUUAUUUGAAGUGACCAAAAACCCACAAUCUCAUCCAAAAUUACACAUUUUCUUACAAAGAGUGAUUGGGUUUGAUUCAGUUGAUGAUGAAUCUAAGGUUGAUCGCCGUUUCCAUAGAAAGUACCCCAAACCAUCUCUAUGGGAAUCUGCUCAAAAUCCACCUUACUCAUACUACCUAUACUACCUAUAUUCCAAUGUAGCAUCCUUAAACCAAUGGAGAGCAAAGAGAGGAUUCAACACAUUAGUUUUAAGACCUCAUUGUGGUGAGGCUGGUGAUCCUGAGCAUUUAGUAUCCGCGUAUCUAUUAGCCCAAGGUAUUUCCCAUGGUAUUCUUUUGAGAAAGGUUCCAUUUGUUCAGUAUUUAUAUUACCUUGAUCAAGUUGGUAUCGCUAUGUCACCUCUGUCUAAUAAUGCGUUAUUCCUAACAUAUGAUAAAAAUCCAUUCCCAAGAUACUUCAGAAGAGGUCUUAAUGUUUCUUUGUCAACAGAUGAUCCACUUCAAUUUUCUUAUACCAGAGAACCAUUAAUCGAAGAAUACUCUGUUGCUGCACAAAUUUACAAAUUAUCUAAUGUUGAUAUGUGUGAGCUUGCUAGAAACUCCGUAAUCCAAAGUGGGUGGGAAGCCCAGAUUAAAGAGCAUUGGAUCGGGGAGAAUUUCGAACAACCUGGUGUUGACGGCAAUGACGUAACUAAGACGAACGUACCUGAUAUCAGAGUUAAUUACAGAUACGACACCUUGUCUACAGAAUUGGAAUUGGUUAGCCAUUUUGCUAACUUCAAAUAG